AUGGCAUCGUAUACCUACCCGAUCGAUACUUGCGGCCGUACUGGAGGCGCGCCUCUCUGCUGGAACUGGGGGAAAGAUGACAUAAUUUAUUAUAUUAAAGCACAUGAAGGAAUUGCACGUCAAAACUAUGUUAGCAGACAUGGAGAUGGAACGCGAUUUAAUAAUGUUCUCCAUAACAUUCUUUUGAAGUGCUUGCAAACUGCAGAUACGUAUGCAUUUGACACCAGAACUAAUCUUCCAAUAAUCUUGGAAGCGGCAUUUCAUAGGCAUAACGCUCUUCCUUUCUCAGAUGUCUUUUCUGCACUUGGAUGGUUCAUAUCGUAUGCAGAACCGCCUGUGGCAGACCUUGAGCGCACUCAAUUUCGCCUCUUGUGCUACACUCGACUCUGUUACAUAUUGGGGAUGUACAUUGCAAGUAGGAACCAGAAGAAAGCAAAAGCGCCAUACUUUCCAACUGUCACACACAUAUUUAUUGAAGGGAACUGGACAGCCCUUGCUACUGAAGAGAAAAAAUCGACCCUUCACCUUACCAUGUCACUUUCUUCUUCUCUUCCUGUUUCCACGGCUAAAAAGGAAUUUGCCGAUGCGAGAGUCACACUGAGGCAGAAAAGGCUAGAAGCUCUUGGGAAUAUGAGGAAUUCGCCUUGGAUGCAGCAGGCUCCAGCUAUGACAGCAGUUGCACAAGGGAUGCAUCAGAUAAACAAAGGAAUGGCAGGAAAUUGUGCUGAGACACUUAAUCUAGCAAGCCAUCGGUCUGAUAGCAGUAGCAGACAAACAAUUGGUUUUGGCCAAGCCUUGUCUGUACGCAAGCUUCCAAAACAUGGAGUAUCACAGCAGGACAUGGGUACUGGUUGGACCUAUGGUAAUCUCCCGGCUGGUUAUGCCGAAGAUGAUAACUGGCCUGUGAGACAAAGUUCCUCCAGCAGACCUGCUUGGAGUUAUAACGAGUAUUCAGAAGCAACGUCGAGUCAAGCAGACACAUUCCCAAUGCUAGCGGGUCGCCCAGUAAAUGGUUCUCCAGAUUAUUGGAGGAAUAUAGGCCAGGGUCAUGCCUUCGUUGUGCCGCGAAAAUAG